UGUCAUGGUGCCUGUGUAGUGAGUGAGGUGUGGCUGGGACAAGGCUACGCUGGCACAGCAUGGAUGUUUAUGCAUCUUGGGUGUUGGGACAUGUUAUUUUUACUCCAGUGAGGAAGUGGCGAAUGGGGAAAAGAAACUCGAAACCGGCUGCAUGCUUUCACACUCCAGCAAAAUGCACGAGGAGGAUGCAGGUCACAUCACCUUCCGCUGUCACACAAGCACAUCCUGUGGCGCUGCACGGAACGCUCGUUUGCGCGGGGGCUCCGUCUCGGUUGCAAGAGUUGCAUGCACGCCGACUUGGAUAGGCACGUCAUUAAACUGCGACGCCAUAAAUAAAUAAAACGAUUGUACUGAACAGACAAGACGUGUACUUCUGGAGUACUGAAUAAUUGCACAAGACUACCGAGAGAGAGUGCACAUGGCGAUGUGGGACACCACCAUCCUGUUGCUGUUUCUCUGCAUGUGGAUCCUCGUGCCAAGUAGAUCAUACAGACAAGAGUGCAGAGUUGAGCUGAAAAAGGCAGACUGCAGUCACAUGAAUCUGAACUCCAUUCCUCAGGACUUGCCCGAGGACAUCAGUGUCCUAGAUGUGUCCCAUAACCGGUUGGUCGAGCUCAAGCCCUCAUCCCUGACUCGAUACUUCAAUCUGGAGCAGCUUGACGCCAGCUACAACAGCUUGAAGGCAGUGCCAGGGGCUGUGUGCCAGGCCACGCCCAAGUUGUGGAGGCUCACUCUGCGUCACAAUGAAGUGCACCUGCUGCAAGACCUGAGGAACUACACAUGCCUCACACACCUGGACCUGUCUGAUAACAGACUGAGACUUCACGGAGAACCCUUCUCAGGGACGGAGAAUUUGGUCUGGCUGGACGUAUCCCGAAACAAACUGACUACCGCUUGCCUGGGGUUACGACCCCAACUGCCCAGCUUGGAGACCCUCUUCCUCGCAGGCAAUGAAAUCACAGACCUGAAGAAGGGCGACUUUUAUUUUCUCAACAAAUCCUCGUCUUUCCGGACACUGGUUCUUUCUUCGCUGCCUCUGAAGAAGGUGGAUCAAGGCUGCUUCACACCCAUUGCCGGAUUACAAGACCUGGUGCUAGAUGGUUGCAAGCUCAACCCCAACUUCAUGUCCAGACUCUGUGAGGAGCUGUCGAACACCUAUCUGAGAAACCUAUCUGUCCAAAACACUCAACAAUUCGUGCUGAGCAGCAGCACCUUCAAAGGCUUAAGCAAGACUAAUCUCACUAUUCUGGAUCUUUCCAACAACAACAUGGCCAGAAUCACAGAUGGAGCCUUUCAAUGGUUUCCCAUGCUGGAGUACCUCUCUUUAGAACAAAACAACAUAAAACAGCUGACCAACGGUACGUUUUUAGGACUGAAAAGUCUGAAGAAACUCAAUCUGCAGUUGGCGCUAGCUAAAGGUCAUGCAUCCCCUUUGCCUGUCAUAGAGGACUUCUCUUUCCAGCCUUUGGCCAAGCUGGAAUAUCUGUACAUGGAGAGGACUUCGUUUAGGGAGAUUACUGAGAAUAUCUUUUAUGGACUUCCAUGUCUGAGAGAACUGAAUUUGGGUUGGAGCAGCACAGGGCUAAAGAUAAUCAGCAACACCACGUUUGCCUCCUUGAAAGGAUCUCCACUUCUUCAGACACUCAAUCUUACAGGUAUGGGCAUCAAGACCCUUGGUCCAGGAGCUUUUUCAAGCUUAGAAAACCUCAAGACUCUUGUGCUCAGCCAUAACUACAUCAAUCAGAAGCUGAUGGGGAAAGAGUUUCAGGGUCUCAACAGUAUCAAGGAAAUUAAUUUGUCCUUCAACCAGCAGAUGAUCAGUUUAACGCCUACGUCGUUCAUCCAUGUACCCACGCUGAGGACUCUGAUGCUUGGGCAUGCCCUAAGUUACAAUUUGGAAAUGGAUCCGUCUCCGUUUCGACUGUUGGUCAACCUGACAUUGCUGGAUCUCAGUAAUAAUAACAUUGCAAACAUCAAAAAUGGCUUGCUUGAUGGACUACACCAUCUUAGUGUGCUGAAACUGCAGCACAAUAAUUUGGCCAGGGUGUGGAAAAAUGCUAAUCCUGGGGGUCCAGUGCUGUUCCUUCGUGAUGCUCAGAACCUUACUGUUCUUGAGUUGGACUACAAUGGUCUUGAUGAGAUUCCAACAAAGGCCUUCCAAGGCCUUUCACAGCUAAAAUACCUCAGUAUUAGUGGGAAUCUCUUGAAUUUUCUGCAUAACUCCAUUUUUGAUGACUUGAAGUCUUUGCGUUUCCUGUGGCUGGAGAAAAACCUCCUGACCUCAGUGCGGCAGGAGACAUUUGGCGUACCGCUGUCCAACCUGACAGAGCUUAUCAUGGACCAUAACCCCUUUGAUUGCACCUGUGAGAGCAUAUUAUGGUUCCACAAUUGGCUCAAUACCACCAACACCAGUGUACCUGACCGUGCCAAAAGCUACAUCUGCAAUACUCCAUCCUUGUACUUUAACCACUCGGUGUUGGACUUCAACCCAGAAUCCUGUAAGGACCUAGUACCCUUCCAGGCUAUGUAUAUAAUCACCAGCACUUUAGUACUAGGUUUGAUGGUUAUAGCCUUCUUUGUGCACUUCCAUGGGUGGAGAAUUCAAUUCUACUGGAACAUUUUAGUCAAUCGCACCCUGGAUAUAAAUGACUCUCGCUAUAAAAGGUUGGCUGAGUGCAGAUACGAAUACAAAGCCUACAUUGUCCAUGCUUACGAGGAUUACCUUUGGGUGGAACGAAGCUUGCUUCCUCUGGAAGACAAGAAUUUCAGGUUCUUUUUGGAGGACCGGGAUGCAAUACCAGGCAGCUCCACAUUAGAGAGCAUUGUAGAGAACAUGAGAAAGUCCCGGAAAAUCAUUUUUGUUGUCACCGAGGCACUUUUGAAUGAUCCCUGGUGUAGACAGUUUAAAGCCCAACACGCCCUUCACCAGGUAAUGGAAGAAAAUCGAGACUCGCUGGUUCUGAUUUUCCUGGAGGAUGUCGCAGAGUACCGCCUGACUCAGUCGCUCAUGUUGCGUAAAGGCAUGCUGAAACGGCGCUGCAUAGUCCAGUGGCCACUGCAAAAAGAACGCAUCCCGGCUUUCCGCCAGAAACUACAGCUAGCAUUAGCCUCAAGCAACCGCGUCAGCCAAAACCUACCAUCUGGGCAAAACCUGGACGAUGGAUUUAACUCUCUAUAACAGACACCAAUACGUGCCAACUUCAUCAAGGUUCCUCCACUUUCUUUCUUUUAAACCCAUACUGUCUUUAAAGCAGAAACUGUCCUUUUGUUAUUUGUUCAACCCAAAGAACAGUUCCCUGUUUCACCUAAAACAGAAUUCCUGAUUCAUUUUUAAACCAAAGCCUCACAGCGAAAGAAUAUGAACUUCAGAGAAAUAUUUUGCACUGAAUCACAAGAGGUGAAUUUUUGUAAUGUUGCAUAUUUUUGUAUGAAAAAUUUUUCAAACCAUGACAUGACAGUGAUGUAGUGAACUAAUUUUUGUGUGUAAGCUGUUGAUUUUAUACAACAGCGUUGUGUUCAUAUUUUGGUUCUCAUGAUUUGUCAUGCUCUGCCGUCUAGUGGCUGUGUCUGGAACAACAUAUUUGAAGGUGUGUAAAUUCAUCAACAUUUCUACACUUAUUUUACUUGGAAGUGUAAUUAUUUUAAAUGAUAGUAGUUUAGAAAGACAUUGGGAUAAAGUUAAGUUUUUUUUCAGUUUGAAGAAGCACCGAGGCUCAAACAGUGAUGUUCUUUGACUAUUUGGCCUUUUAUUGUUAUUAUUAUUGGUUUAUAUAAGAAAUACACAAAAGAGCAUCAUGGAUUAAAAUAGCAUUUACAUACUGUAAUUUUAAAAAUGUUUACU